GGGUAGCACGGUGGCAUGGCAGCCGAGCCGGCCCCGCUCAGUGGUCGGCCCGAGUGGCAACAGAAGCUGCUGCAGAAGAGGAGCGUCUCGGCGCGGCCGGCCGCCGGCAGCGCUGCUGGAACGCCGCCGCAUCGUCCGCUCUCCGUUCCGCCAGAGCGGCGCACGAGCGGCGGCUCUGGCUCGGGCGGGACGGCUCCGAGCCGGCGCCGCGCCGGUGCGCCGCCGGAUUGGAGCGCGGCGCGUGGCGGCCCGGCCGGCGGCAGCAGUUGGUCGCGAGACGCCGACCGCGCGGGGUCGGCGCCGGUGCCAGUCACGGAGCACGGUGGGCCGGCGGGCGCAGCGCCGACGCACGGCAGUCAGCACAGUCGGCGCAGCCAGCAGUUCCGCGCAGACACCAGCGACGCAUGGCGCAAUAGGGAGCUGAGGAUGGGCGUCAGUGUGGCUCCGAGUGUGGCGACCGGUGUGCGGCGCGGCUACCCGCGCUCCUACAGACUGGCCGGCCGGCCCGGACACGAGAAAAUCACCAUGGAGGACUCGGACUCGAGCAGCGAGGAGCUGCGCUAUGGGCCGGGCAUCGUGUCCCGGCUCAAGGACCGCUACAUCUCUAUGGCGAUGCGGGAGGCGACCCGACGUCCGUCUCUGCGUCGGGUGUCCAGUCUUGAGCACAUUGCCAAUGCCACGGAGGAGGCUAAGGCAGCUGGAGCGGGGCGGAGUGGUACCACUGGACGUCCGGGUGGGGCGGCGGUCUCCGCCCGAGGUCGGGGUCGACUCGACUCCAUGAAACGAGCCAAAUCUGUGGGCGACCUGACCGCAGCGCGGCCUUCCGGUGGCCAGCCGCUGGCGGACGGAAGCAGGCCACUGCAGCGUCGAGACAGGAAGGAGCCGCAGCCACCGCCGCCGGACGCACUGCCGGAGAAGAUAGUCAUAGUGGAGGAGUCGGGCCGUCGGCCGGCCGCGCCGCCUGUCCUGGUGCCGCCCCAGGGCAGGCCGGCACCGAUGGCCGAGUCUCCGCCGCCGGGCGAGGACGCCCUGCCGCCGCCCGACACCGUCAAGACGGUCAAGAGGCUGUUCGAGCCGUCGCCGCGGCGUCCAGCGGUGACGCGCACGGUGCAGGUCAGCUCGCGGACCGUGGCAGACCGGAGCGGCAGGACGCGGCGCACCUCCCCGGCUUCCCGGCCGGCGCCGCUCUCCGCCCGGCCGGCCGUCAAACCGGCCUCGCCGGCGCUCAAGAGCUCCAGCCGAGAGAAGGUGGCCGCCGGGACCGCCCGCGGGCCUCCGCUGAGGGCUGUGCCGGUCCCGGCGCCGUCAGCUGCUUCCCCUAGCAGUCCUCUCUCACCCCCAGUGAGUCAGAACCAUGACGGACGGCGAGCGGCCUCUGAAGAUGUGCCCGACCUGGCGCCCCGCCGGCCGGAGAAGCUCACCUCUUGGAGCCAGCUGCGGCAGAGCAGUGUCAGUGAGGGCACUCAGACGCCCAGUCCUCCAGGCACCCCCUUGGUCAUCUCGCCGGUCGGCCAGCCCUCCAGUCCGUGCCGACCGCCGGCCGCCCUGAAGAAGUCCCUCUCUCGCGAGUCGAGUACCGAGCCGGCGUCACCCUCCUCGUCCCCGAUCAGACGCCAGGUGGGCAUCAUCAAGCCGAACCGCAAGGUGGAGGCUCGGACGGACGAGUUCAGCCGGCGCAAGAACACGCUGAACCACGUGCGCAACAGCGUGGUGGAGAAGGAGAUCGCUGUGAUCGGCACCGAGUACCUGAAGCGCCGGGAGGAGGAGGAGCCGGCGCCGCUGACCAAGCCGGCGCCGGCGCUGAACGGUGCCAGGGAGACGGAGGAGAGCGCACCGCCGCCCGCGCUGCCGCCCAGGAAGGCGGUGCUCGAGCCGACCAAGACGCUGCCGCUGACGAUCGAUACCGCUCCCCCGCGGCCGGCACCCUUCCAGGGCAUCAUCCUCAAGCCGGUGCCGAAGUCGGAGCUGGCUCGCCCCGAGGAGCCGGCUCCGUCGCCGCCGCUGAAGCCCAAGGCCCGGCAGCCGGAGCCGCAGCCGCCGGCUCCGGAGCCAGUCAGGGAGCCGGAGCAGAAGACUGCCCCGCCGUCCCUGGCCAGACCUCAGCUGGUCACUGCGGCUGUUACCCGACCUCAGCCGGCGGCUGUGACCCGACCUCAGCCGGCGGCUGUGACCCGACCUCAGCCGGCGGCAGUCAACCGACCUCAGCCGGCGGCAGUCAACCGACCUCAGCCGGCGCCAGUGGAGACCAAGUCCCAGCCGGCAGCGCCUGCCCCAGAGAUCGUCAACAGAGCUCCUGCGCCGGCGAAGCCGAAAUGGCACCAGGCGGCCGACACCACCAUGACGUUCAACUUCACCAAGCGCCAGGAGGUGCCUGACUAUGUGGAGGACGACGGCCUCAUCAUGCGGCGCCAGCUACCCAAGCAAAUCGAUUCGGGCUACGUCAUCUUGCCAGGCUUUGACCCGGGUCAAACGUGCGACGAUGACCUAGCCUCGACGCUGGUGUGCGGCCCACCCUCACCGUGCAACGUGGUCUUCACCAACGCCGACAUCAUCAUCGACGGCAAAUCUAGUCUCAUGAAGAAGCCAAAGACGAGGAAGAUGGUGGUCUCGUUCAACGUCAGCGGACCGUCCACUCACGAGUACCCCUCCGAGAUGUCCCUGCUGGCGCUGGAGACCUCCGUGUCGACCACCGACGGCGACGGCAGCGCCACCACCGGCAAACUCGGCGGCCUGGCGAGCUACACCCCGCACAAGCUGUCAACGGGCGCCGACUUUGAGCUGGGCGUGUCCCGGCUGACCCCGGCCGCCCCGACCGCCCGGCCGGCCGAAAAUCCAGAGGACGGCGACCAGUUUCUGAAACCGGCCGACGAGUCAGAGACGGUCACCUGGAGUUCCGAGACGUCUGCGGACAUUCUGUUUUAGCGGCGCCCCGCGCGCGUCCGCCCGUUCCGUGUCGGCUGUUUUAGUUAGUGGGCGGCCGAGCUGCCGCCGCCUGCGUAUCGAGAGUACGGCUUGUUCGAUGUCGGUAGAAGCGCUGAUGGAUGUCGAUGGCGCCGCCGCUGUCGUGUGAUGUUCGUUCGCGCCGCCUGUGUUCGUUCCUGAUGAACCGAUAUAUUUAUUGUAUAGACUGUGCAAGAUUUUACACGAUUUUAUGAUGUAUUUCAGAUGAUCAUGAUAAAUAUAGAUGCUUUACAAUGCUA